AUGAUGUCUCAGACUCUCAGAGCUUCGCGCUCCCUGCUCGCCCGCGUCUCUCGGCAACAGGUUUCUUCUGUUACCCGCCGCUCCUUCCUGACCUCCGCUGUCCGUCAGGCCGACCCCGUUCAGGAGCUCUACCUGCGCCAACUUCAGGCCUACAAGCCCACCCCCAUCAAGCCCGGCGACGCUGAGGCCCACGUCCAGAAGUUCUCUGCUCCUGCUGUGCCCCAGUCCCCCGAGGAGGCCAACCUUGCCAAUGAGUUGAAGGCCUACGAGAGCCAGGAUGUUGAGGUUGAGGGCCAGGCCGCCGCCGGUGAGGCCGCUCCUGUUGAAGAGAGCUGGUUUGAGGAGGAGCCUGAGGAGGAGACCGCUCACCACUAG